AAUUUACGGCGAUUAAGAAGUCAAACUGCAAACAAAAACAUUGCUUUUGGUUUUGAAUUAUAAUUGAAAAUAAAAAACCCUUUAGAUUUAAUUUUCAAGUGUAAAUUGUGUUUAAAACAGAUCAAAUUAGAUGCACUUUUUAUUGGUAUUUUAAGUACAGGCGUUUAAAACCCGUAAAAUGGUUUAAAGUUUAUAAUCAGUGCAAUUUUGUGAAACUAUAGUGUUCUAUCCAAUUAAAAUAAUUAAUUAAGCGUUAUUCUACUGAUAAAGCUGCAAACAUGUCGGCGUUACUAACGGCAGAUUGGUUUCAAUUAGAUGCUUAUUAUAGAAAGUUUGACUUAUACAACAUGGUAUGGUCUAUGGAUGAAGGACUAGGCACUAUGAUUGUAAGUGGAGCCCCAUAUGGAGGUCCAGUGGCCGUAGUGAGGGACAGAAAGUAUGUGAGAAACCCUGGCACUGCUAAACCCAUCAUUACAAUAUACAACUGUGUUGGGAAUAUUAUAUCUAAGAUUGUAUGGAACAGUGGUAAUCUGGUUCACAUGGGCUGGUCAGAUGGGGAGCAGUUGCUGUGUGUACAAGAGAGUGGUGAUGUUCUCCUGUACGACAUGUUCGGAGCCUAUCAGAAGACAUUCAGCAUGGGGCAAGAAGUCAGAGAUACUAAGGUGUGCAAAGCACAGCUGUUCUCCAACCCCCAUGGCAUAGGAUUGGCUGUCAUGACCACAACAAACCGCAUGUACCUACUCAGCAAUGUGUCGGACCCUAAGAUACGAUCUGUACCUGACAUACCCAGAGCUAAUGAACCAAUAAGCUCAUGGUGUGUGCUCAGUUCUGGCUUAAGGUCAUCAGCCGUCAUCGGGUUUUUGGUCUGCAGAGAUAAAGAGGUGUACAGAUGCCAGCUUGGUGAAUCACGAGCUGUUCUGAUGCGUCCGGAUAUUAACAAUACAUACACCCAAAUAAUAACGAUAGUGCCCUCACAAAAUGGCCGCCACGUCGUACUCUUUACGGAUUCCGGUAUAUUAUGGAUCGGCUCUUCAGAUCUCAAGAACAAAUACUGUGAAAUUGAUACUAAACUAAUAAAACAACCCAAAGGACUUGUGUGGUGUGGGUCACAAGCAAUAGUGGGUCACUGGGACGACACAAUGUACAUCUACGGGUUCAAUGGGUCCGUGGUGAAAUACCCCUACGACGGACCCUUCCACCUCAUCCAGGAGAUGGACUGCGUGAGGAUCAUCUCCGAGAUGUCGCACGAAAUGCUGCAGAAAGUACCUCUGGUUGUUGAGAAAAUAUUCAGAUUGACGAAUAUCGCGCCUGCCACUUAUCUGGUUGAAGCUUCUAAGGAAUUUCAGAAUCGUAGCCACAAAGCAGACGAGCACAUCCGGUACAUAAAGGCAGACCUAUCGACCGCAGUACAAGACUGCAUCGACGCCGCCGCCUUCGAGUUCAACGCUGACGUACAGAAGAUGCUGAUCCGCGCCGCGCAGUUCGGCAAAGGCUUCAUCAUGGACCCCGUGCUCACGGAGCACUACGUGAGCACGUGCCGCUGGCUGCGCGUGCUCAACGCGGUCAGGGACCCCCGUGUGGCCAUACCGCUCACCUUCCUGCAAGUUCAAAACUUAGGCGAAAGGAUUCUUCUAGAUCGACUAAUAUGGCGCCGAUUGCAUUGCUUGGCAGAACAUAUCGCGUCGUAUCUACAGCUUAAAGACGGACGGACAAGGGUGCUGUCUCAUUGGGCGUGUUACAAGGUAACACAACCUCACUUGGACAAUGAAAGUGCUGCGCGCGAGAUUGGAGAGAAGCUGAGAAACAUUCCUGGGAUCUCAUAUUCCACCAUCGCUAUGAAGGCUGCUGAGAAGGGCAGAAAGGCUUUAGCUAUUAAAAUCUUGGAGUACGAAACUCACAGCAAACUGCAAGUUCCUCUACUGCUGACGCUGGGCGAAGGCCCCAGCGCUCUGCUGAAGGCCACGGCCAGCGGAGACACCGACCUGGUCUACAUCGUGUUGCUGCAUCUCAAGGAGAAGAUGGGGAAACAUGAAUUUGAACUGACGAUAAGAAGUUUUCCCCUGGCGCACGCGCUGUACAUAAAGUACUGCGCGCGGCACAACCGCGAGGCGCUCCGCAAGGUGUACGUGCAGGAGGACGACUUCACGGGGCAGGCGGCCACUCACAUCCGGGACGCGCUCGACCACACCAACCCGGGCAGCGCCGAGGCCUCGCUCAUAUCCGCCCGGGAGUGCUACAAGAAGGGGAAGAAUGACCUGGGUGCAUCAAUAUGCGAAGAGGCGCGCAAGCUGAUCAAGCAGCAGUCGAGCCUGCAGGAGACGUACGGGGAGAGCUUCGUGGGGCUCUCGCUGCACGACACCGUGAAGAAGCUUCUUGACCACGGCGAGGUGAAGCUGGCCGACAAACUGCGCUCCGAGUACCGGAUGCCGGAUCGAAGGUACUGGUGGCUCCGUAUAAUAGCGCUAGCCGACAAGCAAGACUGGACGGAGCUGGAAAAACUGUCAAAGUCCAAGAAGUCGCCGGUGGGCUACGAGCCGUUCGUCGACGCGUGCCUGAAGUACUGCAACUACGACGAGGCGCUCAAGUACUUGCCCAAGUGCCGCGACGAUAUCAAAGUCAAAUACUACGUCAAAGCUGAGUUCUACGAGGAGGCGGCGCAAGUGGCGUUCGACCAGAAAGAUGACAUCGCGCUGGUGUUUGUGUUGAACAAGUGUCCCGCGAGAGACUCCGCCGCGCACGCCAAGAUACAGGCGCUGCUCGACCAGCUCAACAAAAAGUGAACUUUGUAGCUCAAGCCAAGAUACAAGCUCUGAAAUAUAUACAGGGUGCUGGGAAAUAUUUUCCCAUAACUCUGGCUAUAUUAUUCUUUACCGCAAAUUAAUUAAAAAUGUUCAAGGGACUAAAAUAAAUAUUUUCGGGGUAAAUAGAUCUUAAAAUGUGUCUUUCAUACGCAUCCUAAUAAUUAUGAUGUAGCCACACGAAGCCAAGUUUCACGUAUUUUAAAGUGCAAGUAUAGCUGGAUAUAUAAAGGAGUGUGUUACAUGGAUAGUCGGAAUUAUUUGAAUUACUUUGUAUGAAAAUAAAAAAGGAUUUUAUUUUUUAUUAAAAAAAAUAUUAAUGAUGCAGUUCGGCUCUGGACUCGUCAACACCUUGAAUUUAUGGGAAAAAGUCCCGAGAAUACUGUAUAUAUUACUUUUGUGAGAUACGCUCCACGAUAUAUCUCGAAAGAAAGAAAAAUGGCGACCAGAUUUGGAAAUCUGUCUUUCAUUGCGUUGGGACCAAAAGACUGGGACAACUUCUCAGCUAUUGGUCGACGAUACUUCUCUUCACCAUACUAUACGCCCUACUCGAUGUGUAAUGUUUACCAACAAAAAAAGGGUAUAAAUUGCUAUUUUUUUUUUUUAUUUAUCGUGUGAAAAUAUAAGCUUAUCUGCAUUGCUUCCAAAAUACUUAGUCAUUAUAAUAUCAUUAUUAAUUAUAUUGAAAGUUACUAUAGUUUGUAAAAUAAAGUAUUUAUAGACUGUGACCUGCUGUGAAGAUAAGGACAUCGCUUAUUAGAGCCACCCGGCACGCAACAUGCAUCUCGCAGUUAGUAUUCAAUUCAUAUGAAAUUAUUUACAUAAUAUUUAUUCAUAAAAAACCACGACAUUAUCUAGUGAAGACAAAUUUACCAAUAACGCCGACCCGGAUAUAUCUCUUUCAGUUUCGUUACAUUGGGAUGAAAGAGACAGUGAUACUUCCAAUUGAUGGGGGGCAUGUUAGGGCUACAGAUCGCCUCGAUCGCAAGCUGUCAUGCAGCGAGGCGUUGCAGCAGACUAAUUCACUAACUUUGACGUAUGUUAGUUGAUAUACAAAAUUGAGAUUCUUUGUAACAAAUGUCAUACGGUGCUACUGACAACCCUUCAUGGAUUUCAUACAGUACGUAGAUGACAUUUCUUGGUUAAUUUGAUGUUUUUAAUAUGUUGUUAACAAAGACCAAAUUAGUGAAUAGGCAAACUGGAUGCCCGGUGGUUCUAACUAACAAUGACCUUAACAGUUGUAAGAAAAACAAAGGGUUUCGUAACCCUUUGUCUUCAUUACAACUGUUAAGGUUUAUAGUUAACAAACAUAUAUAGCUUGUACUGUAUUUUAAGAUUAUUGAAUGUACGCUUUUAAGUUGUAAACUACAAGUGAAAAUAUUCUGUAAUAUAAAAAUUGUAUUAUACCUAUUACUUACUUAAUAA